CGCCAGAGUGAAACCAAUCAAACACACACAAUAUAAAUAUCCUCACCCCCAUCCCAAUUCCCAACCCAGACUUUCGCUCCAAUUUGCAUUUUCAUUUCAUUUCGCUCUCAUUUCCCAUUUGCAUUUCAUCACCGAUCCUCAAUGGACGAAGAAGCAGAGUCAGUGCCCCAUCCACAAUCUCCGAAACUAGGGUUUCCCCUCCCCUCCUCCGCCGCCGCUGACGCAAACCUCAUCACAGGCCUCAGCACCAUCAUGGCCGCAUCGAUUCAGGACGCCAAGAACCGCAUCUCGCAGAUCGAGCGUGUCUUUUGCUCUAAGCUCCACCCUCUCUUUAAAUCCGACAUCGCAUUGAAACGCCGCCGCAUCCAGUACCUCGAGGAGUUGCUGCACUCCAAAGAGUCCGCGCUCCGCGACUCCUAGGCGAAGCGAAACGCCGCGUUUUCGAAGCUCGAGAGCUGCGAGGGCGAGAAGGCGACGCUGCUGGCGAGAAUUGACGAGUUGGACGAGAAAUUGAGAUUGAAGACGCGGGAGAUUGAGGAGGCGGACGGGAAGCUACUCGAGCGCGUGGAGGCGCUGACGUGCGAGUUAAGGGAUGAGAAAUUGAAGAGGAAUCGCGUGACGGAGGCGUAUAAGAGGCUUAAGUCUCAGCACGUUUACCUUCGGAGAAAGGUUGGUCUCGGUGAAGAGAAUGUGGUUCAGGAAAACAAAUUGGAGUGUGCAAGUGAAUUGGAGAUGCUUCAGAGUCCAAUCGUAAAACCUGGUCUUGCAUUUUAGAACCCAAAUAUGACUAUGGAUCCUAGUGAUAGCGAUACAGCUGAAGUGAGGAACCAAAUCCCAGAGGAAGAUUUUGGAGGCCUUGAAACGAAAACUCCAGAUGUGUUUGUUGCCACAUGUGUCAUAAAGAGAGUCAAGGAGAAGCCAUCUGAGAUUGACAGAGGGUGUAAUUUGAGUUCUCCAUCUUCUGGUUUUCGUGAUGUCCCAAAAUGUCCAUCCAAUACAAAAUUAGUCUCUGUAUCUAGUACAAAGCGCCCUGUAUCUUCCUGGAGGCAAACCCGGUCCCAUCAAAGUCGAGUAGGUCCUGAUCCCCAUGAUGAUUUUCUUGAUACUUCUCUUGAGAAUAUCAGAAAAUUUAAAUAAGGAUUUGAACAAGGAAGACCAACCAUGCCUGAUUCAGAAAGACAUUAGUGCGGACAGCUCAGAUGACGAAACACACGAUAUGAAUGCCAAAAGCAGUCCUCAGAAGAAGCAAAAGCAAUCUUCUGUUACAGUGGCCAACACAAGAAGUUUCAAGUACGUUGAACCAGUUAGGAAGAAAGCUGAGCGUGAAAAUUUAAAAGGAGUUGAAUGCAAACAAUGCAGGAAGUUCUAUGAUGCUGUUCUUCCUAAUGCUGAUGGCAAGGAUGCUGACAGUAAGCAGAGCUUCCGCUGUGAACACCUUGAUGGUGUUUCUAGGCAUCGAUAUAGGUAUGUUCCUCCCAUGACUCCUGAAGGAUUUUGGAAUAUUGGGUUUGAAUCUGAAAUGUAAGAAUAUAUUUUAGAGAGAUCAGAGAUUACUAUUUGAUUUAUAAAUGGAUUCUGUAUCCAAUUAAAAAGAAUUGACAAACUUUUAGGUUUUUGGUACUAGAUAUCCGUUGUAGAUACUAGAUAUCUUAUGUUGACAAGCAAAAAAACUUUUAUCCGUUGUACUCUUCUAAACAGUAUCUCUGUGCUUGAAAUUUUUCUCUUAUUUAUUUAUGUUCUUGUGUAACUAUUUAUAUUUUUUUUUUCCUGAAAAGGAGGGCAUGUGUUCUAAUUAUUUAGUACCUGAUCUAAACUGUUCAGGGUUAGUGUUGUAAACUUACUGAGGAUUGUCACGGUGACAUGCAUUUUUCAAAAUGAAUUUGUAUUAGUCAAUGAACUUAGGGCCACUAAAUGGCCAAAAUUUAUUUGGAUUUGUAAACAAACCACAUAAAUUUUGUAAACAAACUUGUUAUGAAUAAGAACAGAAAGCAUCAGGACACAGAGCAAGAACCAGAGAAGGAAGAAAGACCAAGGAGGGAAAUCAACAAACCUCAUUACCUCAGAGACUUCGUAUAGAAGGCUGAGCUGGCAGCAGUUGGUGCAGAGGCUGAGCUGGCAGCAGAAUGGUGAUCCUUCAAGAGUAUUGUCGGCCAUUAUCCAAAUUCUGUUAGAAAUGUUUUUUAUUUUGAUUUCCUCCAAGGCAUGUAAUUCCAAAAUCCGUUAGAAUACUGUAGUAGGCAAACUCUAUAUAUACUGAAGCAUGUAUUCAAAUGGGCAAGCAGAAAUUAAACUCUUUUCCUCACCUUAAUUCUGGAGGUGCCUAGGCCUCGAAUGCUAGGAAUUGUCCCUUCUCUUGAGUAAAAAGCUUUCUGAUCAUAACAUUUGGUGCUUUCAUUGAGAGCAUCAAUGGCUGCCUUCGCUUCUUCCACGUCCCCUAUGGGGACCGCAUCGAAGCCGCCACUGCGGAACUCACCUCCGAUCAAACCAUGUCCACCAAACUGGAUGAAAUUCUUCAGAGGUUGACCCUUCUUGAAAUCCACUAUCAGUUUUCCAAUGUGCUCCAACCUUCUUCGACCCCUUCAUCUGAGCAAACCGCUGCCGGCGCGGUUCCUCAGUUGAAUACCAAAGACGGAGCCGCGGAGUUUGAACUGAGCUUCGUUUGCUUAGACAAAAAGGUGCAGAGCCUCAUGGAAGAGUCGCUGAACUCAGUUUCUAAUCAAGGGAGGGUUGUGGAAAAUCAAACCAUGGAGGCGGAAGUUCAUGGUGAAGAUGGUUCCAAAUUUGCACUGGGAAGCAAUGAGAAGUUAGUGUUUGGACGAGGUUGCAGAUUCGGCAACUACGACUGCACAGUGUCUCGUCACCACGUGCCCUUCGAACUCGACCAUUCAGACUCAGAGGAUGCUAAUGCUGUUUCAUUUGAAGUCCUGAGAACCCCUUUUGGGUGUAUGACAGAGAAGCGCUUGGGCUCUUCAAAAAGUUCAACAAAGGUCUGGGGCAUUUCCUUGGUAUUGACACAUUUGACCCUGGAGGCUACUUAAAGGGCUUGAAAAGAAGAAAGGAAAUAAUUGAUUACCAAUAUGCCUGGGGGUAUAUUAUGGGCAACGAGAGGUUGGAUGCAAAUUACGUGGUUCCCCAAUGGAUGCCACAAUUUAUGUGCAAAAGUGAAGCUCGAACUUUGAUUGUUUUGGAUGAGGUGUGGACACUCUCCGUGGUGGAUCAGCUUAUGUGUAGAAUACCAGGUUGCAAGUUUCUUGUAGUGUCAAGGCCAAAAUUCCAAAUGGUGCUGAGUUAUGAAGUGGAAUUGCUGAUUGAAGAGGAUGCCCUGUCUUUGUUCUGUCACCAUGCUUUUGGACUGAAAUCAAUUCCUUUAGCUGCUAAUGAGAAUUUGGUCAAGCGGGUUGUGACUGAAUGUGGAAGGCUUCCCUUGGCUCUUAAGGUUGAGAAAAUUUUUGGCACAGGAAACCAACAUGUUACAGCUGCAAAAAUGAUACUGCAAAACAUUGAAGCCAUGGUUUCAAUUGGCAUGCCAGCUAGUCCAUCUGAAGUUUUAGUCAUUGCGGACAAGCAUGUGGUUCCUCGUCAUGUAGCUGCUGAUUUGCAUUCCCAGGUUGAGCAUGGUCCUGAUAGUCAGGUUGUGCCUGUGAUUUCCGGUGAAGGUGUGGAUCUGAAUGCUAUAGAAGAGGAACUCAGCAAGCAGUGCCAGCGUCUCCCAAGAGGAGAAUUUGCUGCUAAGGCCCUAAGCCACAGUUUUAUUGUUUAUGCACAUGAUAUGCUUGAGUCAAUCAAGUUCUCAAACUUAUAUGCACCAGAACAUCUAAUUGUCAACGCGAAGGAUGCAGAUAAGUUGGAGGAUCUUAAACUCAAAUACAACCUUGAGGACAAGGUUGCUUUGGAAGCCCAUGGGAAUGUUAUGAAUAAGAACAGAAAGCAACAGGACACAGAGCAAGAACCAGAGAAGGAAGAAAGACCAAGGAGGGAAAUCAACAAACCUCAUUAUCUCAGAGAUUUCGUAUAGAACGCUGAGCUGGCAGCAGAAUGGUGAUCCUUCAGGAGUAUUGUCGGCCAUUAUCCAAAUCCUGUUAGAAAUGUUUUUUAUUUUGAUUUCCUCCAAGGCAUGUAAUGUCAAAAUCCGUUAGAAUACUGGACUAGGCGAACUCUAUAUAUACUGAAGCAUGUAUUCAAAUGGGCAAGUAGAAAUAAAACUCUUUUCCUCACCUUAA